GCCUUUUUUUAAGAUCGACUUCUCUGGUACUGUGGGGACGUGCUUCCCUCCUUGUAUUGGCUGAAUAUCCAUCACAAAAGAAGAGGAGCGAGGCCAGAGGAAGGCGGUUGUUCAAUGUGAGGAGUAACCUAUAAAUGCAAGCAGCUUGAGUAAUAAAUAGUAGUGCAAGGAAGGAAUUAACUUGUUUUAUGAAGAAUGGAGUCAAUCUCAAUGAUGGGAAGUCCAGAGAUCACCUCGGAAGUGUGUUUACCAAAUGGUGUAACUAGCUGCAAAGAAAUUGUCAAGCCAACUAUUGGAAUAAUUGGAAGUGGGGACUUUGCCAAAUCCCUGACAAUCAGACUGAUUCGGUGUGGAUAUCAUGUUGUAAUAGGAAGCCGAAACCCAAAAAGAGCUGCUGAGUUUUUCCCACAUGUAGUCGAUGUAACCCACCAUGAAGACACAGUAACAAAAGCCAACUUAAUCUUUCUGGCCAUACAUCGAGAACAUUAUGCCUCCUUGUGGGAUUUAAAGCAUUUGUUGAUUGGCAAGGUCCUGGUGGAUGUAAGCAACAAUAUGAGAAUUGACCAAUACCCAGAAUCCAAUGCAGAGUAUCUGGCUUCAUUGUUCCAAGACUCUCUGGUUGUCAAAGGCUUUAAUGUAAUUUCUUCCUGGGCAUUACAGUCAGGACCUAAAGAUGCCAGCAGACAGGUUUAUAUUUGUAGCAAUAAUGUACAGGCACGCCAUCAAGUUAUUGAACUUUCUCGGCAGCUGAAUUUCAUUCCUAUUGACAUGGGUAUGCUGGCAUCAGCGAGAGAAAUAGAAAAUAUACCGCUGCGCCUGUUCACUCCAUGGAAAGGACCAGUUCUUGUAGCAGUGAGCCUUGCAGCUGUUUUCUUUGUCUAUUCUUUCAUCAGAGAUGUCAUACAUCCAUAUUUGCGGAAACAACAAAGUGACUUCUACAAAAUUCCAAUCGAAGUUGUUAACAAAACUUUACCUGUUGUUGCCAUUACUUUGCUGUCGUUGGUAUACUUAGCGGGACUACUAGCAGCUGCUUACCAGCUUUAUUAUGGUACAAAGUACAGACGAUUUCCUCCCUGGCUUGAAGACUGGCUAUGCUGUAGAAAACAGUUGGGACUACUCAGCUUCUUUUUUGCUGCAAUCCAUGUUCUCUACAGUCUCUGUUUACCUAUGAGGAGGUCAGAGCGAUAUCUGUUCCUCAAUAUGGCAUAUCAACAGAUUCAUGCGAAUGUGGAAAACUCUUGGAAUGAGGAGGAAGUGUGGAGAAUCGAAAUGUACAUCUCCUUUGGAAUAAUGAGUCUUGGACUGCUGUCUCUGCUAGCCAUCACAUCAAUCCCAUCGGUGAACAGUGCUCUAAACUGGAGGGAAUUUAGCUUUAUUCAGUCUACACUUGGAUAUGUGGCUCUCCUAAUAAGCACAUUUCAUGUUCUGAUUUAUGGAUGGAAAAGAGCUUUUGAAGAAGAAUGUUAUAGAUUUUACACACCACCCAAUUUUGUCCUUGCACUGAUUUUGCCUUGCAUAAUAUUAGUUGGUAAGAUCAUAUUACUUCUUCCAUGUGUGAGCCAACGACUGAGAAGAAUCCGUAGAGGCUGGGAAAAGAGUCAGUUUACAGAGGAAUUGACAAGAUCUGCAUCUCAGGUGUCACCCGAGAGAGUCACAGUGAUGUAAAAAUGUCAUUGUCAUUCUCAAUGUCAGCUGAUAUAUUUCCUCUGUGUAUAGAAUAUUUUGAGUGUCAUUUCAUUGAAUCAGUGAUUCCUGCAGUGUUAUUUUGAUGGACUAGACACUUUGUAUUUUAAUAUGUAGAUCACAUUCCGUCUUGUGUAUUAAAUAUAGAUGCAUAUAUUUUAACAUGUAUUUCUUUUCUAUGAAAUAAAACAAUGCUCUCAUGUAUCCUAACUCAGCGACUUAUCCAAGAAUCACUGAGUAUGUUUGAAAAUAGGAUUCCGAAAAUACAAAUGCUGAUUUAAUUUAUAACAGUGUUUACAGUAGCUCAGUUAUCAUCAUAACUGAAUGAAGGGUGUACAACCUUCCUGUAGUGAAAGUAAUAGUGAAAAAGACUGUUGUUGCAGAUUGUGACUGUGAGGAACAAGUCCUGCCUAGUAUGUCAUCAUUCCCUGCUUAAUAAAGUGCUUUGAAUUAUUGCAUCUGCCACAAGGGCAUAUUGCUUAGUGAGUGACUCUGUUAGAACUCAUCUGCCAAAAUGGCACACUCAUUUGAUAUAUCUAUCUGCAUUUAUUAUUUAUGGAGCACUUGCAUCAGUGAAAAUCACUGAUGGCACCAGUGUUACUGUUCUGCUGAGGUGCAGAAUAUGUUUAUGUCCCCUUAGGUAUUUCCAUUUAAACUGUGAUUUUGUUCUGCACAUUUAAGUCAUGUUUAUAGUUUCAUAAAAUGUUAACAAACUUUAUAUGUUUAAUUGUAGUUUCUCUUCAUAUUUACCUCCUAUGACCAAGUAUGGCAUUUUAUGUUUGGGACCCAGAAACAAUGGCAGCAUUGAUUUAUGAACUUUGCUAAUGUUGUUAUCCCUGUGUGUAGAAAGGAGCUGUCAGUAUGUAUAACCAACCACAGUACACAGAAUGUGAUAUUUGUUUGUUAUUCGUUGGACUAACUAAGUAGGGAAGCUGAAAUAUAAUGGCUGUUAGAAUUCUAUACUAUUGUUAAUAAGGCACUAAGGUAUGGACUAUGUGACAUGCAUUAUCCAGUAAGAUUACUUCCAUCUGUUUGUUCUGUACUGUCCUUAUAAUGGCAAAGCUUUAAAAGUAGAUUCUGCCAAAGCAUUACAUGCAGCUGCUGCAGCUAACUCGAUUUUAAAUCCAUUAUUAAUAAUGAGCUUUUCAAUCCAACAGCUAGUUACCUUCAGUAUUGUUUCAUUUUGUCUGUUCUCCUUUUGUGCAUUUCUGUAAUUCUCGCAAACACCUCAACUAUAUUCACACCUAGUGCAAGAGGCUAUGUUUUCAGUGCAGUGCUUCAUGACCACCAUCUCAAGCACCUCGUGGCUCUCUGUGUUGCCACCUUCAUUAUUAUUAUUACUGUUAUUUAUACCCUUUCACUUUCUUUUCAUUCUCACUUUAUUUUUAUCCUUUUUUUAUUUUGCAUGCUUCCACCUUUUAUCUUGCUAUCAUUGCAUACUAGUUAUUUUGCCCACUCUGCACACAUCUAGUUUGUUAACUCAAUCUGAUUUUCUUAACUAUCAGCUUCUCACAGUCAUUUUUAGUACUACAGCUUGUUCUGUCUUUAAGUAAUAAAACAUUCAGUGCAACUCA